ACCGCAUUUCAUUUCCCUCCUCCCUCAAUUGUGUUGUUGUUACACACACUUGCCACCCGCUAUAAAAUGAACCAGAGCAGAUCGACCACCCAAUCCAACCCAACCACUCAUCAUCCAUCUGCUACUGCUACUGCUAGCUCCAUCCAUUUUAUUCUAGCUCCAUCCAUCCUUUAAGAGAAGCUGAGAUCAAGAAACGUACUCACUCUUGCCUGCAUCGAUCCUUGAGUUUAAUUAACUCAAGGAAGAAGCAAUCUUCGCUUCGGUGGAUGAAGAGCAGGAAGAACAGCACGACGAGCACAAAAGCAGCAGGCAGCUGCCACACCAGCAGCAGCGGAGGAGGAGGAGGCGGCGGCAACUGCUAUAGCAGCAGCAGUAGCAAGAUGGAGCGCAAGGAUGUGGAGAAGAAUCGGCGCCUCCACAUGAAGGGUCUCUGCCUCAAGCUCUCCUCCCUCAUCCCCGCCGCCGCUCCCCGCCGCCAUCACCACCACUACUCCACCUCCUCCUCCUCAUCGCCGCCCUCCUCCACCAAGGAGGCUGUGACGCAGCUGGAUCACCUGGAGCAGGCGGCGGCGUACAUCAAGCAGCUCAAGGGGAGGAUCGACGAGCUGAAGAAGAGGAAGCAGCAGGCGGCGGCACUCACCACCAGCACCAGCAAUGGCGGCGGCGGCGGGAUGCCGGUGGUGGAGGUGCGGUGCCAGGAUGGGACGCUGGACGUGGUGGUGGUGAGCGAGGCGAUCAGGGAGGAGAGGGAGAGGGCGGUGCGGCUGCACGAGGUGAUCGGCGUGCUGGAGGAAGAAGGCGCGGAGGUGGUGAACGCCAGCUUCUCCGUCGUCGGCGACAAGAUCUUCUACACUCUCCACUCCCAGGCGCUCUGCUCCAGGAUCGGCCUCGACGCCUCCAGGGUCUCCCACAGGCUGCGCAACCUCCUCCUCCAAUAUUAAUUCACACCACUCUUUCACUCUGCUCAGAAUGAGAUAAUACUCUCUACUCUACUCUACUCUGUACUGUGAUGAUAAGAAGUAUAAAGAGUAGCAGACCAGAGAGCCUCUAGGUAGCUAGGUUAAUUAGUGAGAAACAAGAGUUUACACUAAGCUAAUGGAUGGCAUGAGCGGGAGCAAGCUGUUAUUACUACUAACUCUUGGCUAACGUUUUUGUAUCCCCUAGCUAGCUGCCUGCCCUACGUAUAUGUCUCCAGUCUAUCAUGUAGGAGUACUCCAGUAGUAUACUGUGUGUGAGUGUUCUCUUUUGUGCCUGAAAUUAAUCCAGUCCGAUGUAAGUACGUACUAGUAUUUGGUUUACUGCAUGCUCUCUAGCCUCGCAUCAUUAUUUUUGAGAGGCAAUGAUGUGAUAAUCCUUAAAAUGGGGGCAGUCUCUUCUUAA